AUGACUCUCGACACGCAGUUCGACACCGCCGUGAACAUCAUCAAGAACCUGCCCAAGAACGGUCCCCUGAAGGUCAACCAGGCCCAGCAGCUCAAGGUGUACUCGCUCUACAAGCAGGCCACCGAGGGUGACAUCAACACCCAGCGCCCUGGUCUCCUCGACCAGACCGGCCGCUACAAGUGGGACGCCUGGAACAGCGUCAAGGGCAAGUCCUCGGAGGACGCCAAGAAGGAGUACGUCCAGCUGUUCUUUGAGCUCUUUGAGCCUGUCAAGGACGACCUCGAGUACUCGAAGCACAUCGAGGCGGUCAAGAACGCUGCCUAA